GGAGGGGGAGGGCGGACCCUCUCUCAGACAUGGAGGGGGAGGGCGGACCCUCUCUCAGACAUGGAGGGGAGAGAGCAAACCCUCUCUCAGACAUGGAGGGGGAGAGCGAACCCUCUCUCAGACAUGGAGGGGGAGGGCGGACCCUCUCUCAGACAUGGAGGGGGAGGGCGGACCCUCUCUCAGACAUGGAGGGGGAGGGCGGACCCUCUCUCAGACAUGGAGGGGGAGGGCGGACCCUCUCUCAGACAUGGAGGGGGAGGGCGGACCCUCUCUCAGACAUGGAGGGGGAGGGCGGACCCUCUCUCAGACAUGGAGGGGGAGGGCGGACCCUCUCUCAGACAUGGAGGGGGAGGGCG